CAGGCAGAAACAUCGAAAAUGGCUUGCCAGAAUAAUGAAAUCGUCGUGGUCGGUGGAGGUUUGGUCGGAUGUUUAGCAGCAAUAUUUUGGGCGAAGCGAGGCUAUCAAGUCGAUCUCUACGAAAUGCGUGAAGAUUUCCGCUUAUUAGAAAAUACAAGGGGUAAAAGCAUUAAUCUUGCUUUAUCUUCGCGCGGUAUUCUCUCUUUGAAGCAUGCUGGCCUGGAUGACGAAGUUACCAACUAUGGAAUUCCAAUGUACGGAAGGAUGAUUCAUUCCGUUAAUGGUGAAUGUUCAUCGCAAGCUUAUAGUCCCAACGGAGAAGUGAGUACCACAAUUGCUCUUACUAUUCUUUUUCUUAUUUUAAUUUUAGCUGCGGAAAAAUAUAAAAACAUCCACUUUCAUUUCCGUCAUAAACUGAAAUCAGCUGUGCUUUCUAGACGUGAACUGAAAUUCGAUAGUGUCAAGCAUGGUGAAAUAAUGAUAAAUGCAAAGACAAUCCUGGGUUGCGAUGGUGCUUACUCUAGAGUUAGGCAGAGUAUGAUGAGAGAAGCUAGGCUAAACUAUUUGCAAUCUUACAUUGGCCAUGUUUAUGUCGAGCUCAUCAUUCCUCCUCGAAAGGAUGGAGAGUUUGCUAUUGAGCCAAACUAUUUACAUAUCUGGCCAAGAGAAACCCUUAUGUUGAUUGCAUUACCCAAUUUGGAUAAAUCGUUCACUUGUACGCUGUUCAUUCCGCUAGCCAUGAAAGAAGAAUUGAUAACGGAGAAGCAUGUCCUUGACCUAUUUGCCACAUACUUUCCCGAUGUGAUAGAUUUGAUAGGAAGUCACAGCAUUUGCCAUGAUGUCUUAAAUAAUCCUGCCGAUGAACUAGUUUAUAUUAAGUGCGACCCGCACCAUUACGCCGACCAUACCAUAUUAUUGGGCGAUGCUGCACAUGCAUUUGUACCGUUUUAUGGACAAGGCUUAAAUUGUGGUUUUGAAGAUUGCCUAGUUUUAGAUAGGAUUCUUGUUGCAAAUGGAUUCGAUCUAGAAAAAUCAUUUCAACAAUACAGCGAAACUAGAAUACGAGAUACUGACAGCAUUUGCGAUCUGUCACUGUACAACUAUCAUGAGAUGAGAUCUCACGUCAAUAGUAAAGUUUACUUACUACGUCGGGCUAUUGACAAUGUGAUAUUUCGUCUGUUGCCAAAUACUUACAUUCCAUUGUAUACUAUGGUAUGUUGA